CUCUUUCUCCCUCCUCUAUACAAAAACCCCACUAAACCUCUCCCUCUCUUCACUCUCCCCUCCUGCGAUCGCACUGUUGAAAAUCCAAAAACCCUAAGUCGUCUUCUCUUUCAAAAUUACCAUUGAUCCCAAUGGGGGAUCCCAUCCCCGUCUCGUAUUCUAUGCUUCCCGGUGCAAUUUUCUUCCCUUCGCCCGCAGAGUUCCUCAAAUACUACCUUUCCGGGAAAAACAACUGCAAUACCGAACCCGCUGAGGGAUUCGGUUUCAUCAAAGACCUUGACUUGUACGAUUACCAACCAUCGGAGUUGCCGGAGAUGACGUGUUACCGGUACGAAAACCAGAAGACGCACUGGUUGUUCUAUACUGCUAAGGGAGUCAAGGAGAGUGAAGAUGGUCGGAGGAUCGCAAAAUCAGGCUAUUGGAAGAGGGUAGGUGGGACUGUGGAUGUUACUGAUGACGGAGGCCUGGAGGUUUUGGGAACUAUAACUGAAUUUAGAUUUUAUUUGGGACCAUCACCAGCACUCAGGACUGAGUGGUUAAUGCAUGAGUAUGCGCUCCUUCAGGAUCUCAGGGCCUCUUUUGUUUUAUGCCGAGUAUUCGUCCAAUCUAGUGUUGGGAACAGUUUUUCAAAGAAGAUUUUCACUAUUGCUGAAGGUGUUUCAGAAGUACGUCACAUUGGCAUUCAACAUGAUGGUCUUCUUCUACCUAACCUUGUUGAUGCUAAGGUGCAGGUUGACAACUCUAUUGAUGGGAAGAGUGAUGCAUCGGGAUAUCCUUCAAAACUCAAUAGUGAGCUAGAUGAUCCAGCAAUAACAGGGCCAGUUUCUGCUUCCAGUUUUGAGUUGCUUUCAGGAAUCCCGCGCCGUGAGCUGGUGUCAUCUCAGCCAACCCCCCAGGAGUUAUCUCUGCCAAACCUGCAGCUGUUAUCUCAGCCAACCCUCCAGAUGUCAUCUCAGCUAACUCCUGGGCUUUUGUCAUCCAUAGUAGAGGAAGAUUUUAUGGAGCUGGAUGAUCUUAUGCAGUGAUUGUUCGUGAUGAAGCUCAAAGCUAAAGGGGAUAUCAAUCUAGUUGCUUGAAUUAAUAUAUUGAUUGGCAGAAGAGUUUCAAAUAUCUAGACAACACAAGAUUAUUGACUUAAAACUUUAUAUACUACAUGAAAUGAACAAAACAUGUCUUCAUGUUUGAAUUGGAGAGAGAAACUUAAUGGCAGGUUCACUUCACCUUUUAAGGUUAUUUUAUGUGCCUAUUAUUAGGCAUUUUCCUCUGGAACAAUUGAGAAAGUUUUACAUACAUUGGAUGGUUCAGAACUAAGUCUCAAUCAGUCGCUUCACCAGGCUUGGUGAACUCAGAAAUUUUUUCCUCUCCCUUAUUGCCUUUCCUUUGUUAGGCCUUUUAUCUAGUGUCGUGUUUUCAUUUCCUUAUCUUCAUUGUUGGAGGCAGUAGAGAGGUUGAGGAAAUUACUUUUUCAGCCAUAAUUUACGAUAGCUUUGUCUUAUCCAUGCAACAAUGAUGUUUCCUUUCUUUGAUAUUUCCAACCAAAAAGUUUCGUUGCUGCAGGGAUAAGACAGCUAUUGUAAAUUAUAACUGGAGAAAUGUUUCCCCAAACCUCUUUACUAUAUUCACUUAGCAAGGCAUUUCUUUAGCCAGUUUGUAAUCUACCGUUAUACUCACUGCUCUGGUAGAUAUCCUAUCUACUAAUUCAUUGGUCCUAAAAACAGUUAAGCUGUAAAUUGUUGUGUGCUUACUGCUUAGUCCCCUAAAUUGCAUACUUAUCUUGCUUGUUUAGCUUUUGUGGGACUUCAAGAAAGUGCUUAUGAGGGUUGACAAUAGUUGGUGGACGGAAGCAAACCAUAGAAAACCAGAAUCUAUUCCUGUUUGUAGAUUAUGUUCGUUUCGUAAUGUUAAUAUUUUUUCUGUAUAUUUCUUGCCUUGUUCGAUGGAAUUGUUAUUUCAUGGUUCUUCUGCGCUAAAAUUGGGUAACUUAGAGAAGGAAUAUUACAAAGAAUGAGUAUUUAAUGCUCUUGUUUCGGUUUUCUUUUGGCAUGAGAAUAUGAAGAGAAUGAUUAAAACCUACUUUGAGGC